AUGAACGCGAUUCGUUCCUCAAUCCACCGGCAGUUAUUCCAGCCCGAGGACGAGCGGGUGGCCUCGAUUAUAUGCAUCACGAAAAUCGAUGGCAAACGGAAGAAGCACCCGACUUAUUUGGCGAUUGCACUAACCGCGCAGCACCCAUUCUCCGUGCGCAUCUACACGAUCAAAGCCGAGAAGGAGGACAGCUACCGGAAAAAGGAGACAUGGCAGCUGAAGGAUAUCCGGAUGGUCGAUGGGAUCAAUCCGAGAAGAGGCUCCGAAGACUUCAUCAUCCAGCACAACGAGAAGGCCUUCAGAAUGUCGGCCAGCACGGUGGAGGAGAAAGAUUCGUUUGUGCUUCAGCUUCAAAAGCUCUGCCGAAAGUACGUUCCAUUCCAAAUGCCGGAAUUCGUGAACGUCCCACUCUUCAUCGAGGAGAACGCUGCGGAUAUGGAGCUGCCAGAGGAUAUUCAGGAUGCGCAUGAGGAUCAUUUUAAUGAGUACCAACCAAUUUCCGCCAAAGAAGAAGCCGAUUUCCGGAAGCUGCUGGCGGCUUGUAACUUCAAAAUUGACGAGACGGACUUGUUUCAUCAGAAACUAACCGAACAGCUCCAUCUCCUCGAUGGCCAAAACGUGCAGUCGAUCAUGGUCAGCGAAAAUUCGGUGAAUCAACUGCUGAAAAUCAUCGACCACUCGCUGAAGAACGAGGAGAAGCUGCAGAACGAGUUGGACAAGUGCGACUCGAUGCUGGCGACAGUCCGCGACUCCGUUGAACUCAUCGAAGAAAAGGAUUCCCUCUGCGGAGUGGAAAAGAAAAACAAGGAAAAGCUUCGUCGCGAGCUUGAGGACUUCAUCCAGGCCCUAGAUACCGUAACCGAUAAUCAUUUGAGGGUACUCCAAGAUGCUAAUAUUUCGGAUCCAUCGAGUAUCGCUAGGUGCAGCGAGGCGGCGAGGGCCUUUAAUGCUUUUCACAGGGGUCGGAUAGCUCGGCCGCUGGAGAAUAUGUCGGCUUAUAAAGAAAGGGCAGUCGUGAAGGAGAGCAUCAACUUGUUUGUCGAUCGGUUCAUGUCUCAUCUGACGGCACUUUUUCAUAAUUUGAACGACCUAACCGACCACCAGGAUCACCUCAUCAUCCCCAAACAAUCCCAGCGCUUCCACGCCCUAGCUCCCUUGAGUGAGCUGAUCAGUUGGCUAAAAGGCUACGCCCCGCACGUCUACGCAUCGGCCGUCGACAAGUAUGUACAAACUACAAAAAUCCUGUAUCGACGGCUGUUUGAUCGAUUCUUUGACGAUGUCGUCGGAGAAGUACAGCGAGUUGGGAGUGAUCGGAAAUUUAACAGCUCCAACUUAUCGAAGCACUCGCACGACACCACUUUUGCGGAUAACCACGUGGAGCAGGCGGAGCUGACAAAACUAAUUGAGACUGUCCUUGGCGAACUUGGUCCAGUCGUUGAAAUGGAGCAGAAAUUCGUCGUCCGAUUCUUCCAUAUCACCGCCGAUUUGCUGAACGUGGCCGAAACGACGAGCCAGGGAUCGGGAGACAGCGGAAGCAUGGGCGGAAAAUCCCUCGAAAAGGUCCUCAACGAGCAGGUCCGUGGUGUGAUGGCACCGCUUUUCGACUCCCUCAUCCCGCACCUCGACAAGUUCUGCAAGGCUUGUUGUAAGCAGAAUCCCAAUAAUGUCCUCCUGCUCUUCGUCAUCUUAUCAAAGAAGGCCCUUGCUCCCUCAGAUGCUGGGUCCUACUUUGCCGUUACUUUUGGUAGCUUGACAGUGCUGAUCAAGCGGCAGUUUGAUGCGUAUAUGGAAUCCGAAGCCCAAAUGCUGUCCGACGUGCGCAUCAGCAAGCGGGUCAGGCUUGGCAUCCUGCCAAGUCUACCGAGGUUCUCCGAAUUUGUCCGCCAGACUGAGAAAGUGUUCGAAGGCGCUGAUCGGAGGACCGAUUUGGAGAAAUGGUACGCCCACCUCUACCGAGCCGUUUGUGAUGGAAUUUCCAAAGCUUCCGUGAAUCCGAAUAGCAAGAGCCCGUCUUCAGUGGUUCGCCUCGAGAAUUAUCAUGAGCUUUAUCAAAUCCUUUCCGAAUUGAAAAUCUCUUGCCUGGACGCGCAGAGGAAGGCUGCGAAAAAGGAGAAGGACGACAAUAUUGACGCCUAUGUUCGAGAGUCUUUAGGGAGACCGUUGGAGAAGAUUCAGAUCUUCUUCGACAACGUUCAACUUGCCACGCAAAGGGGCCUGAAAAUGGAUGAAGUCUCCUAUCAACAACAAUUUAGCAGGAUAGAGCUGAAAAAGGUAAUCUCGCAAUACCCCGCCAAAGAAGUGAAGAAAGGGCUCGAGCAGUUGUAUAAAAAAGUGGAAAAACACUUGGUGGAUGGGUCAAGCUUGGUGCAGGUUGUUUGGAGGAAUAUGCAGGACCAAUUCAUCAAGCAAAUCGGCUCCUAUCAACAGCUGAUGGCCGACUGCUACCCCUCCUCCCGGCCUGAACUCGAAUUCUCCAUCCAGGACGUCCUCCAAUUCUUCUCGGAAAUCGCUCAGGAUCAU